GCAAGAACCCCGACAACAUAGGCUCUUUGCAAAUAUUUUUAAAAACCAACAAAAAAAACUAAAAUAUGCUGUUUUAUAGAAUUGGAUCACUCACUCUUGAAGCAGUGUGAUGCAACGAUUCUUUUUCAAGAGUACCAUGGGUGUGUUUCUUUGGAAGAGAUACCACAACAGCGGCUCUAUCGGGAUGCCUGCUGAUACACACAUACCCAUGCGCACUGUUGCUGGGUGGGAGUGGGUCAGGGUUUUGCGGUUCUGGGCAGCUUUCGGUUUAUCCCCAGCUUUGAAAGAGAGAGUAUAUACACUCGAUUUAGCACCUUUUGUUAAUCGUUUUGCUAGUUUAUCAGUGGAUGUUUUGCAAGAAGCUCAACUGUAAUCUUAGCUACUUCUUGUCUUUUAUUGACUGAUUAUUAUCUGCUCCAUUUGUUAUAUCGAGCAUCCGCAAUCUUCUUUUUCGUUAAUUGAACUUCGCAACAGAAAUUCAAGGGAUAGCUUUGCAGCCAUGGAAAAUAUUCGAAUGAAUUUCAAUAAUGUUAUUGAAACCAUCAGCGAGACUGAUUAUAUUCAAAAAAUUGAUAAGGGCUUAAAUUCCAUCUUAAAUAAUUUGACCAAUAACAAAUCACCAGCUCAAAAUCAAGUUCAAAAUCAAAACAAAAAUUCUAGUUCCAAUACUAUUGUGAAGAUUAUUACUAAUAAUAAUGAUAUUGAAAAGAUUAAUCGGGCACUUUUAAAUAAUAGGAUUUUUAAAUCGAUUCAAUCCAAAGUGUUAAACAUCAAGCUAAUCUCAAAUAAUACUUUCCCUUUUAAUCAUAGCAACACUGAGGAUACGAAGAAUACUAAGGAUACUGAUACUAAUAAAAAUAAUAACGAUGAUAAUGAAAUCUCACCCCCUUCAUUACAUUUGCUUUAUAAUUGUGAUUAUUGUAACAAAAUAAUUUCUGGUUCAAGAUAUAACUGCCAAGAAUGCGAUGAUUUCGAUUUGUGUGAACUGUGCUAUACUGACUUGAACAACAAUUUCAACAACAAUAAUUUCAACAACAAUAUUAGUAACAACUAUACUGACAAAUACAAUCAUAAGAUAACCCAUAAGAUGAACAUGGUCUCAAAUGAGAAUGAAUCUCAACUAACGCAGAGUUUUGACGACCUAUUAAAAAAUAUUCAAGAUUAUAAUACUUUAAUUAAAAGCAGAUCCAUCUCUUUUGAAAAUUCGGUUUUAGAAAAAAUUAAUGACUUUACCUUUAAUUUCAAAAACUCAAUCAAAGUAUUAUCAUCAAAUUUAAACAAUACCAAUAUCAAUAAUGAUCCAGCUAAUGAUACUUUAAAUAACCAAGAUAACACUAAAAAAUUGAUCGAAAAAUUUAACAAUAUUAAAUUAGAAUUAAAUUCAACUUUAAAUACCUUUUUCGUGAAAAACUUCAAUAAUCUUAACAAACUUAAUAUCAUUACCAAUGACGAUUUGAUUAAGGCAAGAAAAUAUGAUCAUUUGAUUGACAAGCUAAAUACCCAUCAUAAUGAUAAUGAUGGUGAUAAUAAUAAUAAUAAUAAUAAUAAUAAUAAUAAUAAUAAUAAAAGUUCUGAGCAAGUCUUAAAUGAGUUGAUCGAUAAUUAUAUCGAAAUUUCAAAAAUCCAAAUGAAUAAUAAAGAUACCCCUAGUGAAAUUGAGAGUCUUAAUCAUAAUGACGGUUCUAGCACUAAUAAAAUUGAUAAUCCUAAUCAUAACGAAACCUCUAAUAGUAAUGAAAACUCUAGCAAUAAUGAGGUUAAACUACCCAACAAAUCUUUUUCAAUUUCAAUCAAUAACAACGACUCUCAACACUCAAUCAAUAAUUCGGCUGUUCUUAUAAAACCAGAUACAACAUGCAAAAAACCUCUGAAAUUAGAUAUUUCCGAAACUAUUCAUGCAGAGGAUUUUGGUAGCUAUGAAAAAAUCGAUGAAAUUGCAGAUCUAGAAUCUGGAUAUGAAUUUAUUUAAUUCCUGUGGUGUUGACCUGUUUUAUUUUUUCUUUAUGACAUGUUUCUUGUUUUUCUUAUUUUUUACCAAAUUUUUGUUUCAAAUUUUGAUUUUUUCCAAUUGAGUUAAUUGGUUUCCUGUUUAUUUCCUUUUCCUUUUACUCAACUUCAGUUCAUUUGUCUCACUAUAUAUUCAUUUUUA